AUGGAAGCAGAUUCGCGCAGUAUAAAAAGAGUGAAGCUUGCUACUCAAGAUGAAUUCGAUGAGCUGAAACAGUUUUUUUUCCGGCUGAAUACACUGUAUACCUUUUUACUGUGCAGGAAGCAUGUCAUACCUACCUUUGACACAUUACAAAAGCCUAUUCAAUCGUCCUUGAAGAAAGAAGUUUCAGAACUAGAUUUUGCCAAAGUGGUAGCAUUGCUUCCUAGAGACUGUUUAUUCAAAUAUAUCGAUGAAAACCAGAUAUAUACUGAGUCCAAGGUGUUCGAUUUUAAGGGUGGUGGCUUCCAGCAGAAAGAAAAUGAUAUAUAUGAGCUGAAGGAUGUUGAAAGUGAAUAUUCGCAAGGAAAAUCUACUCAGGUACUAAUCUUUGAAUUCACUGAUGGAACCAUGAGAUAUUCUUGGCUCAAUAGUGAUGGUAAUGGUGCCAGAGUCAAACUUCCAACCUACGAUGGCGAUCAGAUGAAAAAGAUGAUAGCAAAGAGAGCUGAAACGUUUAAUCGAGCUCUUUCUGAGUUUCUUGCAAAAUGUACUUCCCAGGGCCUUGAUCCAAAGACUGAGCUGAACAGACUAGCUGAAAGCGUUUUGCCCAGAAAGAAAGAAUAUGAAGAUCCCAUCGAUGCCAUGAUGAACGCAAAAGAUAAGAAACACAAAGGGGUUGUAGUCGAUAAGGAAAGUGGGCUUGUACGACCUUCAGUGGAAGAACUGAUCAGGCAAUUGAAGGAUUCGGAUUUAUACAAUAGUCAGAUAAAAGAGCAUCAUCUCAUACCCGAAAGGACUGCAGAAUAUAAAGAUUUAGAUUUCAGCAUUUCACCGGACGUGUUUCAGGCACUUACCCACAAAAAUUUUUAUUCUCAUCAAGCGGAUGCAUUGAACGCUGUUCAUGACGGUGAGAAUGUAAUAAUUACCACUUCAACCUCCUCCGGAAAAUCACUAAUCUAUCAACUUUCAGCAAUUGAUUUACUGCUGAAGGAGCCUGAGUCCUCUUUCAUGUACAUUUUUCCAACAAAAGCUUUGGCACAGGAUCAAAAAAGAUCCUUCGAGACACUUGCCUCCAAAAUUCCAAGGCUAAAAGACCUAGUUGUCGACACAUAUGAUGGGGAUACGGAACAGAAUCGGAGAAUGUUCAUUAGAAAGAAUGCAAGGGUCAUUUUUACGAAUCCAGACAUGGUUCAUACAAGUAUUUUGCCCAACCAUCCAAAUUGGAGGCAUUUCCUGUACAAUUUGCGGUUAGUUGUGGUUGAUGAAUUACAUGUUUAUAAAGGGCUCUUCGGUUCACAUGUCGCCCUGGUUAUGCGCAGACUAUUGAGGCUUUGUCAGCACUUUUAUGAGAAUAAUAAGUUGCAGUUUAUUUCAUGCUCUGCAACUCUAAAGGAACCAAUACUACAUAUGCGAAAUAUGUUUGGUAUAAAAGACGUACGAUUAAUCCACGAAGAUGGAUCUCCAAGAGGAACUAAACACUUGGUGGUGUGGAAUCCUCCAGUUUUAAGUCAGCAUCAAAGGCGUAGAGAAAAUUUCAUCCGGGAGAGUGCUAAAAUCUUGGUUCAAUUGGUUUUGAAAAACGUUCGUACAAUUGCUUUCUGUUUUGUGCGGAGAGUAUGUGAGCUUCUUAUGAAAGAGGUCAGGAUUAUUUUUGAGGAGAUGGGUCGCCAGGAUUUACUCACUGAGGUUAUGUCGUAUAGAGGAGGUUAUGCCGCUUCAGAUAGAAGAAAAAUUGAACGAGAGAUGUUCCAUGGAGGUUUGAAAGCAGUUAUAGCAACAAAUGCAUUGGAGCUUGGUGUUGAUAUUGGUGGUUUAGAUGCGGUUUUAAUGUGUGGGUUUCCCCUGUCAAUGGCAAACUUCCAUCAACAGAGUGGUAGAGCAGGUAGAAGAAAUCAAGACUCUCUUACUUUAGUAGUAGCCAGUGAUGCACCUCUAGAUCAACAUUAUGUGGCACAUCCUGAAAUUCUUCUAGAUGGAGAAAACACGGACUCUUUUCAAGAAUUAAUUCUUGACUUUCAUAACGUUUUAAUAUUGGAAGGUCACAUCCAAUGUGCAGCGUUUGAAUUGCCCAUAACCAUUGAGAGAGACUCCUUGUAUUUUGAGAAAUCAUCUCUUGAAAAAAUAUGUGCUGAAAGACUUCAUUAUAAUUCAGAAGGGUACCAUACUCAUAAUAGGUUUUUACCAUGGCCCUCUAAACUAGUAUCUUUAAGGGGGGGCGAAGAAGAUCAGUUUGCCGUUGUUGAUAUAACGAAUGGAAGGAAUACCAUAAUCGAAGAGGUUGAAAGCUCGAGGACAAGUUUCACACUCUAUGACGGAGGGAUUUUCAUUCAUCAAGGCUAUCCUUAUUUGGUUAAAGAGUUCAAUCCAGACGAACGCUAUGCUGCUGUGCAGCGUGUAGAUGUCGACUGGGUAACCAAUCAAAGGGAUUAUACAGACGUUGAUCCAGAAGAAAUUGAGCUCGUUCGCUCAAUGGAAUCCAGUGAUAUUCCCGUAUAUUUUGGUAAAAUCAAAAUAACGAUUAUCGUCUUCGGAUUUUUCAAAGUAGACAAGUAUAAGCGGAUAAUUGAUGCAAUCGAAACGCAUAAUCCUCCUGUUAUGAUAAACUCGAAGGGUUUAUGGAUUGAUAUUCCCAAGAGAGCACUAGAUUUAUGUCAAAGAAAAAAUUUAAGCGUAGCUGGCGGUAUUCACUCUGCACAGCAUGGAAUCAUGGCACUGCUUCCCAGGUUUAUAGUAGCCGGUGUUGAUGAGAUCCAAACCGAAUGUAAAGCGCCAGAGAAAGAAUUUGCCGAGAGGCAAACUAAAAGGAAACGCCCGGCAAGGCUCAUAUUAUAUGAUAGUAAAGGAGGGAAGUAUGGCUCAGGACUAUCGGAGAAAGCAUUCGAACAUGUUGAUAGUAUUUUAGAAGGUGCCUUACAAAGAAUAGAAGAGUGCCCAUGUGAGGAUGGUUGUCCAAACUGUGUAAUUGCCUCUUUUUGCAAGGAGAAUAACUUGGUCUCUUCAAAACGAGCAGCCCAAAUUAUUUUACACUGCAUUUUGGGUCAUCAAGAUUCGACGUUCAUUGACAAAAUUCAGGAUGGGCCUGAGGCACAUAUGCCCGAAAUAAAGGUGGAAACGGUGGAACCUGUAUCUUCUCAUGUGAACUUUUCCCAGGGAUUCCAAAUAAUUGAAGCCAAACAGCUUAAAGCGGCUGUCGAUCCCCAUUUUAUCAAAAAAGAGGACUGA